GCGUGACAACAGUGGGUGGAUUGCCUGUGUCUCAUUUGCAUUUAAAGAAACAGGCACUCAAAACCAGAGCGCUCAGAACAGGGCUGUUCUUGCAGGGUGAUUGAACUGCUAUUGUGCUUCAUCCUUACGGUAUUUUGACCAAAGCAUGUGACAGACAUUACGUUAGGACACCAGGGAACUAGGUUAACUUGUUGAAAUAGGGUAUAAUAUGACUCCUUUACCUGAAUCGCAGGUGUCACCCCAGGGAAAAAAAAAACAUUUCCCAUUUCACUUUCCCAUGGGAAUGAUACCUAUUUGUAUUUCAUCAGAGUGGAACUGUCUGUGCAAACAACGUCCUGUUGUCAUGAACACAUUUAAGUUAAAUGCAUGUGCACUUUUCUUCUCCACUGCUGCUGUCAUGUUGUGUGCACUCAAACAACACGCCACACACCCUAACUCAUUUAUCUUUGCACUUUCAUCUUACGGUAAUACAAAAAUGCAACAACACAUUGGAAAAGCCCAUUUGACACCGCAUUUAAUCAUGAAAAGCAUCGAUAUCGGCGAUUCUGGCCUUGUAUUACCUGGUAUUUAUAACAAUAUAACUAUAUAAUCAAUAAACAUAUCUUAAACAAACUGUCACAUUGCUUCCUUAUCCAGUUAGCACCUCUUACAGUCAUUGUUUUGAAGAGGCAUCAAGGAAUGGUACACUGAUACACUUAUCACAUAAUUAAUACCCGAAUACUCACAAGAUAGUCAGCAGGGCGGUUUGUUAGGCGGAACUAAAGGAAUACAGUCAGAGUUCCGGCCGGACGGAUUUGAAUACAGUAUGCGUACCGGAGCUUCAUGACUUAUGAAAGAAACAGAACAGUUGUGAAUAUAAGUAAAGUUAUGUAGUAAAAAUAGAGAACCUAAUGUCUAAAUACAUGUUCUCAAUACUCCCGUUUAACAGUACGUGGAGGACCCCACUGUGGUGUCUGUGGCUGUGUAGCUGCCACUCUGGUCCCGAUGCUGUUUCACUACUGAACGAGCGAAAAGGAGCCCGGAAUAAGCAGGUCACAAAAUUGCACAAAAAGAAAAGAUCUUCGUGUCAACCAGUACUGGAUCACUUUGACCAGCAGUACAGUCAGGAACUUGGAGACUUGUGGCCAUCUGCAAGGGCAGUGCUCCUGGACCGUCACUCUUGGCAGUAUGGGGUCAUGCUCAACCGCUUCAGCACUGUGACAGACAUCACACAGACCCUCCAAUCCCAGGGUUUUUCCUUAUUGCUGCCACAAACAAAUGUCUCCACAUUGCUUUGUAAUGGCCCCUCGACAAUUUUAAUUUCUAAACACCAGGCAAGGAAAGACUCACUGUUGCCACCUCAAUACAUCUCUAAGUGCUCCCCUAAUGACUCCUACGUCCAACCUGAAAGCCCCUCUCAUGCACUCGGUCGGGACCUUCAAUCCGAGGCACUCAGUUUGGCCUGUCCUUCAUUACAAUGUUACAUCCACCCGUAUCCACUGCGGUUUCCCUCUCAGGCUCACAGGCCUGGCCAGCUGAAGCAGUAUUACCUUCUGAAUGCUGCCUCCCUGCUUCCAGUGCUGGCUUUACAAGUCAGAGAUGGGGAGAAGGUUUUGGAUCUUUGCUCUGCUCCUGGGGGCAAAGCCAUAGCCAUAUUUCAGUGUGCCACCCCAGCACUUAUCUGCUGUAAUGAACCAGACCCACACAGACGGGACUGGCUGGCCAAAACUCUGGAGUCUUUUGUGCCUCACUCACUAAACAGCAGAGUGAUUGUGUCUGCACAGGAUGGACGGUCUUUUGGGCAAAGAGAAGCAGGGACAUAUGACAAGGUUUUAGUCGAUGCUCCGUGCUCUAAUGACAGGACCUGGUUGUAUUCUUGCAGCGGCCAGCAGGGGGAACAGAGACUACAGGAAAGAGCCAGGCUGCCUAUGCUCCAGGCUCAACUGCUUAGGUCUGCACUGUCUGCGGUGCGUCCAGGGGGUGUCGUGGUCUAUUCCACUUGCACAAUGUCCAGCUCUGAGAACUACGCCGUGGUUGAGACGGUGCUGAAUGACUGUCCUGAGGCUGAACCCGAAGACCUGUGGGAGGAGAUUGCCAUUCCUUUAUCAAAAUACUUUGCAUUUAGUCCUGCUCACCCUGGUCAUGGACAGACACUUCACAAGCCAUCCCCGCAGCCACAGAAUGGCAAUGUGUCCUCUUAUCACCACAGACUCGGCAUUUUAGUGGUUCCUCAGCCUGGCAAGACCUGGGGACCCAUGUUUCUGUCUCGGAUUAGAAGGAGGAAAUAGUCUGUAUCAUCCUGUGCUGAAAAGAUAUGUGAAAACAAAUGGCUAAAUAUACACAUUUCCUUGGUAUGUCGUUUGUUACCUGUGGGUUUUAUAAGAUGCACAGGAUCCCUUGGAACUGGCUUAUAACCCACUCACACAAACAAACUUGCUAAUUCACCUUUCGUGCACUGCAAACUCUGCACAGUGCCAAUUUCGGGAGACAGGUAGAUGUAAACAUGUCAGUGUCACCACAUGCAGGCGGAGAAACAACAACACUCACAUCAUUCAGUGAUUCACUGACCUUCAAUGAUCUGAGUCAAAGAAAGACUUUCAUUUAAAGCAGCUGAAAUUUAUAUAUUUAUAAUAACAAUGAAUAAAAUGACUGUGAUAACAAUGUGACAGUGUGAAAGGAGUUGCUCGUAGUGAUGAACUUACAUAGAAUUAUCACCUGAAUCCGCAGGUCCCUGAGCCUUAUAAAGUUUAUCUCAUUGUUUAUCUGUCCUUCCCACAACUUUACUGUUUUCGCUCACUCUUGCUGCUCUCGUACCGUGAUUUCGGCCACAGCAGGCAGCUCUUUUCAGUGAAAACUUUCUAAGUGAAGAAUUUAGCAGCUGAAGAGCCAGAUAUUUUCCACACGACUUGGUGGUGACCAAAACAGAACUUAAAGAGAGUAAAUGUUGGUGUCACCAGGUGGCCAGAAACACGACUUCACUAGUUUAACAUAUCAGCUAAAGAGAUGCUUAUAAGUCAAUGUUGUGUUGACAACUUUUUUCCACUGCCCCUAAGUAGACCAAAGAAAAUCAAUAAUAAUCAGGUUUAAUUGUUUUCUUUAAGCCUCUGCAACCGACCCCCUUUUUAUUUAUUGUUUAUUGUUAUUAUUAUGUAUUAUACAUUGUUUAUGGCAUGGACGAUAAGAUAAGAUAAGAUACUCCUUUAUUUAUUAGGAGAAAUUCAGGUUGACACAGAAGCAAUAGGGCAGUAGUAGUGCAAAACACAAAGAAUAUCACAAAUAAAAAUAUUACAAAAUACGAAAUAAAAAGAAGAACUAUACUGCUUCACAUCAAUAACACUGUGUCCACGUUGUAUAAUAAAAUUGGUAAUAUAUGGUAUUAUCAAUUUUCUUGAAAUAUACAAUCUAACAGAAAUAUCAUUCACAUUUUAUUCUGGUGUUAGGAGUGAGUGCUUAUCUUGAGGGUUUUAUUUAAGUUAGUGUGAGCUUUAGUUUCUAAAUACUGAAUGAGAGAGGACAUUACAAGACCUAGAGCAUCUCCAUCGUCCAAGCCUGAAGACAGUAAAUCAGGUUGCUCUCAUUAAAGUUUGAUUAUCUCUUGACUUAAACGAUCACUGAAUUUUCUAUCUUAACACUCUGCCUGAUAUGUUUGUUUUUAAAUAUCUAAUUGCCAUACUAUUGAAAAUGUUUUCAGACAUACUGUAUAUAAACUUCAUUCCUGUCAUUCCCUCUCUGCAUUUACCUACUCUAAAUUAAGGCGUGCUGUAAGUCUCA